AGUUUCAGCACUUUACGCGGGAUAUUUUAAUAUAGAGUGAAUCAAUACUAUAUUGUUAUUAUUCUUAUUUCGAAUAUAGUUUUUUAUAUGGAAAUGAUGAAAUCUAGCAAAGCUCAUGGAAGUCCAGUUUUGUGGGGUGAAUUGCCUCCUAAAGAAACUUGGAAACAAGAAGUAAUUACACCAGACAUUAUAGAAAAUGUUUGGAGACAAGUUAUGGAUGAAGCAAAUAAUACUGAUUGUGAUUAUCAGAUUGAUCGUCAACCAGAAUAUAUACCACUUCCUAUAGGAAAUCUUCAUGUAUUAAAUACAAUAAACUUUCAUCAACAAUUAAGAUUGAUGGAUGAAGGAACAGUAUUAGAAAAUUUAUCAGUGAUCGAUGGAGAAGAUUCUCAAGAAGAAUCUAAAGUACCAUCUAAUCUUUUUCGAUUCUUACCUGCAAAUGUUGAAACAGAUACAUUCAAGAAUUCUUCUACUGUUCACCAUUUAACACCAAAAACAGCGCAUAACUUGUUGAGACAUGCAGUUAUCGUAUUGUUAGCUCAUAUUGGUUUUGAAUUCUCAUCGGAUCUAGCAGUAGAGAUGCUUACUGACAUUGCUGAUCAUUUUUUGAGAAGAAUGACUCUUCUAUUGAAAGAAGCUGUUGAACAAGAAGAUCAUGGAUUCCCAGAUGCCAUGGAAAGAGUCUUGUUAGAAACAGGAAUAGGUGGAAUAACAGCUAUACAUGAUUAUUAUCAGGAAUAUAUUUUAAGAUUUGAAGAAAAUAUGAAAACACAGGUUGAAAUAAUGAUGGAAAAACAAAGAAUAGUUUUGGAUGAAGCAGCUAGUAAAUUGCAAUUAGAUGAAUUAGAUGAAUUUGGUAAUGUUUAUCGUGAAGUACCAACUCUUCAACUAUUAGAUCCAGAUAUGGGAUUUCCUCCUAGUCUUGAUGCCGGUUUUCAAAUGCUUUACAGUCUAGAACAAGAUGAACUGAACAGUUUGGAAAUAGAGGAAGAAGAAGUUAAUGUAAGCGAUUCACCAAAUGUAGGAAGAUCAGAUGUAUCUGCUGAGAAAAAAAAAUAAUAAAGUUGAAGAUAAAGAAAUCGUUUAUUUACGAUUUGCUAUUCAACUUUUUU